CGGCGUUUUGCAAGGUUGUCUUAAAAUAGCAUUAACGUGAAGGUGAAGGUUUGUCUAUACAUAUAUGAUUAGCAAAACGGCCUUGACAGUGAUCAAGGACAGUUCAGUUAAAACAAGGCUUUCCUAAGACAAACAGCAAAUUUUGUAAAAGCAUUGGAAAGAAGUUGAUCAAAGAUGUCGAAGACUCGCCACCAGGAGGAGAUUGAGGAGGAGGAGAACUUGUUCUACGAAGUUCAUGAGGUUGUUGUCCGCAAACUGGGUCAUGUCCCCAUUGCCAAGGGUGAUUUCCACUACCUCCCCAAAAAAGUACAGAGAUACGUCGCCAAGUGGGUUCAAAUCUGCAAGCCAAGAGCUAUCUACAUCUGUGACGGGUCUCAGGAUGAGGCCACAGAAGUCAUUCACAAACUGGAGGAACGUGGAAUGCUGCACAAACUCAAGAAGUAUCAGGACAACUAUAUUGUCCGCACUGAUCCGGCUGAUGUUGCUCGUGUCGAGUCGAAAACCUGGAUGUGUACGGAGCAGAAAUAUGACACAGUGCCCCACGUACAGCCGGGUGUGGUAGGAAUCCUGGGAAAAUGGAUUUCCCCUGACGAAGCCGCAGAACAUUUGGAAAACUAUGAUGGCUGCAUGGCGGGACGUAUGCUGUACGUGAUCCCGUUCAGCAUGGGCCCUAUCGGAUCCCCCCUGUCCAAGAUCGGAGUCGAGCUAACGGACUCCAACUACGUGCUCCUCUGCAUGAGAGUUAUGGCCCGCGUGUCCAAUGACGUCUGGCACUUCCUGCGGGAGGGAGACGGAGAGUUUGUACGCUGUCUGCACUCCAUGGGUUGUCCCAGACCUGUACAGAGAAAAACAAUCAAUCACUGGCCAUGCAACCCAGAGAAGGUUUUUAUAGGACACUUCCCGGAUAAGCGUGAGAUCUGCUCGUUCGGUAGUGGUUACGGUGGAAACUCAAUUCUUGGCAAGAAGUGCUUUGCCCUCCGAAUUGCCGGCUGCAUUGCUAGGGAUGAGGGUUGGCUCGCUGAACACAUGUUGAUCAUGGGGCUGACAAACGAGAAGACUGGAAAGGAAACUUUCUUGGCCGCAGCUUUCCCGAGCGCCUGUGGAAAAACCAACAUGGCCAUGUUGACGCCAUCCAUCCCAGACUAUACAGUUCGAUGUGUCGGUGAUGACAUUGCCUGGAUGAGGUUUGACAAGGACGGAGUCUUGCACGGCAUUAACCCCGAGGCCGGGUUCUUUGGCGUGUGUCCAGGGACAAACAUGAAGACAAACCCCAACGCCAUGCUGACCUGCAUGAAGAACUCGAUCUUCACGAACGUUGCAGAGACUGCGGACGGAGGUUUCUUCUGGGAAGGACUGGAGGAUGAAACUGACCCUCAUGUCACGAUUACCGACUGGCUGGGCAACAACUGGAGGCGUGGUCAACCCGGCAAGGCAGCGCACCCUAACUCUCGCUUUACCUGCCCUGCUGGCCAAUGCCCGAUCAUCCACCCCAAGUGGGAGGACAAGAAGGGCGUGCCCAUCAGCGCCUUCAUCUUUGGAGGACGCCGACCCACAGGUGUGCCACUGGUGUAUGAGGCCUUCAGUUGGCGACAUGGAGUCAUGAUCGGUGCCACCGUCAAGUCCGAGGCAACAGCAGCUGCUGAGUUUGCAGGCAAGAGUAUCAUGCACGACCCCAUGGCCAUGCGCCCGUUCCUCGGAUACAACUUUGGAAAAUACCUUGACCACUGGCUGUCCCUGGAGAAGCCACCCCACAAGCUUCCAAAGAUCUUCCAUGUGAACUGGUUCCGAGUAGACGAGGAAGGUCAGUUCAUGUGGCCCGGUUUUGGUGACAAUGUUCGAGUCCUGGACUGGAUCAUCAGGCGAUGUGAGGGGGAUGACAGCAUAGCCAUCAAGUCUCCCAUCGGCUACUUGCCAAAGAAAGGCUCGAUCAACAUGGACGGCCUUGGCAAGAUCAACUGGGAGGAGCUGUUCAGUCUGCCCAAGCACUACUGGACCUCGGACAUUGAGGAAAACAUUCGCUUCCUUGACCUGCAGGUUGGUGAGGAUCUUCCCCAGGCGAUUCGUGAUGAGCUUGCCGUUCAGAAGAAGAGAAUCGAAGAAGAGCUUUUCGCUGAUGAUGGCAAAUAAAAAAUUCUGAGGACUAGCUAACCGAUUUGUGUAUCAGUUGAUUUGCGUAAGAAAAACACAUAUUGAUUGGGUCGAAAAGAAAGCAGUUUUUUAACAUUUUAUGUCACAGUGUGCUAUAAAAAUGCUUCUUUCAUUGCCAAACUAAAAAAACAUAACUAUAAUUACCAAUGAAAUUAUUGAAAGUGACUAUAAAUCAACAUGUGUUUCUGUAAUAAAGACUAGAUGCUUGUAUCUUUGCCUAUUUAUUAUUAAAUAGAAGACUUCCAACAGAAAACGUAUGUAAGGGCUUUAGUCGCCCAGUUAAUUUGCAUUUAAAAGCCUCACAUGUGGACAGUGUUUUAAUUACUUGUUAGGUGUGUUGAUGUUGUUUUGUUUAAUUUAAUGUAAAUGAUCUGUUCAUAUAUAUGUAUAAUAUAAUUUCACAUAUUUACGGACGCAUUCUACCAUUCAAAUGCAAGGGUUAAAGUAUUUUUUCUGACUUUGACAGGUUUAUGUUGAUGUUCUUCUCAAUCAUUACUUGAGGUGUAUCUAUUAGUAAACAGAAUGCUAUCUUUUUUUUUCUUGACUAUUGUUUCUUGUUUUGUUUUUACAGCUAUCAACAUUGAUUUCAUAAUAUUUCAAGUGUGACAUUAUACGCAUAACUCGCCUAUUGUAGCUGUUUAUAGAGUGUGUGAGGGUUUGUAUGUAAUAAAACAUGUUAGUCAUA